UAGUUUUAUUAUUUGCUGAAUUCAUGAAAUGCGUCCGUUCGCAAUAAACAUGCAAUGAAAAAUAAUAGUAAUUCGUGAUAAAGCUAAUACUUUUACACUACGUACGAACACAUAAACUGACACGUACACAAUUCUAAAGGACUAGACAGAGUCCUAAAUCAUUAAAGGACAGACAUACACAACUCACACCACCCCCUUGAUCCCUAUCGGGAUGGGCAGAUUAAUGUCGAUAUCACUUUCAACGUCCGAGGCCUGUGCUGGGAUUGGAACCUGCGACCGCAAAGUGAGAGGCAAGCGAUCUACCAACUGGGCUACCACGGCUACUUACGGGGCAGAUAGAUCGCAGAAAAAGAUCAAAUGACAAAAUGAUUGUCACUGUCACAUUGCCAAAAUUUCCGUCAACAUGAAAAUAACUAGAAAUUAGAUUUUUUUUUGCAAAUUAUUGUACUUUUUACUUUCUGUAAAAUAUGGAUGAGACAUCGUUAUUAUCAGAAAUUGAAAUUAUCGCAGCCAAAGAUGAUAACAAUCAUGGAUUAGUCCCUAAAUGUAAGCCACCAGAGAAACAGGGCUAUGUUAGCCAAUGGGUGGAUCUCUCCGUCGAACAAGCCGUGAUCAGCGGCGCCAAACUUAGAGAAAGAAAAACAGUUUGCAAUCGGCAACAAAAUACCAUAGACCUUAUCGACGAAGACGAAGAUAAGAGGAAAUCUAAUCGUAUACGUCCUAUUUGUAAACAACGUUUUCAAAGACCUAUCAGACCUGAGAACUGCGCAUGCUCCCCGCGAUCAUGUUCACCAUAUAAGAGGAUGAUAUCCAACGGGACCUAUUCUCCUCUGUCCAAGAACAUCUUCUCCCGUCCCGGUACAGCCAGCUCUAUUUCUAAAGCUAGAAAGCCUCGAAAAUGUCCGUUGAGAAUAGCAGAGCUAGCGGAACCGUCGAAACGGCACUGCAUCGAAACUUGGAGAAGUAAAAAUGGUGCACUGCCUGCAUUUAUGCUAGAUAGAUUGAAACAACACGUUAUGAAUCAAAGACCCAUAGCAAGAAUACCAGACGCAAUCAAUUGUUUUAAACGAAAACCGAAAUGUUUAACGGGGUCGAAGAAGGAGGAUAAAAUGAUAUAUCGAGCCCACAGACACGCGCAAAGAGAAGCGCAAGAAACGUUUGAAAUGAAGAAAUUCUCUGCAAUAUUCGCUCAAAAACUAGCCAAGAAAUUGAUCAAGCCUAUGAACAUUUCUUUAACUAAUGAGAUGGAAGUUUUAUCUAACGUAGUUGCAAUCGAGAUAAAUAAAAUAAUUUCGAAUGAAAGGACUUUAUGCGUCGACUAUAUCAACGAUACAGUAAUUUUAAAAGAAAUGUCUAGUAAGGUAGCGAUUUGGAUAGCUGGCAUUUUAGACGACGCGUACUACAAACUGUUGGAAGAUGAUCUAAGAGCCAAAAAGCACAAGGAAAAUAAACAGGGUAAAGAAGGAAACUUGGUGACGCUCAUAGAGAAAUAUAUACUGAUGCGUUUUGAGGGACAUGCAGAUUUGGAAGAGGAAGAAGGACCAGCUUUGGAUGUGCUCGAUACAAUAGUAGAUAAAGUGGUGCAAUUAUGCACCCAAACUUCGGACCAGGACACAAACACUGAUAACACCGGGAGCCCCGAAGGUGGGAGAUCUCAGGCAAUAGUCGCGGAUCUCGACGAAAGUAUAUACGACACCGGAGACUCCGCCGCUGAGAGACCAGACGAGGACCACGAAGGUUCCGGCUCAGAACACAGCACUGACAAAACUACAACAAUACAUAACACAGUCGGUCGAUACGAAAUCCCUACGUCGGAAUCAACCCAAGAAGAAACGACAGAUGAAUACGAUAAAAAAGGCGAUGAAUACAACAAUAAUGAAGAAGAAAAAGUCUCGACGAAUGCUAAAUUUAGUACCUUAGAGCUGAAGGGAACUGAAGGUGAAAUCAAAAGCCUAUUAAAUGCACUGCUCAAUGAAGCAAGUCUAAACGUGAGUGAAGUGUUUGUGGUAGUAUCUGAAGACCCACUCGCUGAAGACAAAACCGUUAAAUUUUCUAAAGUAGAUAUGGACUUCGGACGACGAGUUAUAACAGAGGACGCGAAACCAUAUUCAGGAAUCUUAUCACCGAAUCGCAAAUCUAAUAUAGUCUUUGCUCCACCAAACGCAGCUUUAUUAUAUGAAGCAGACGAGUCUUGGCCCUCUGAUGUGCUGAAACCAAAACUACAGACUACUGCAAGUGUAAGCAAAUCCGUCACGUCGCUAGGUCUCAUUAUUGAAAGUGAUGAAAAAGCUUCAAACUUAGUACUAACAGGGAAAGCCAACUCUGACAAUGAUAAAACCUCAAGCGAGACUGAACAGUACGUUAAAAUUAUAGACCGACUGAAUAAACUGGGAGACGAUAACGACCGAACCUUGACACCAACGGAUACAUCGGAUGACGAUGGAUUAUAUUCUAGCAAACGUAAAGGUUUUGAACCUGAAUCAGGUAAAACAAGAAACAUAGAUUCAUCGAAGGGAUUGGAGUCAUCUAAAGAUUUAGAUUUCAAAUCCAAACCUGAUGUAAAUGAACAUUUUAAAGAAGACGGGAAAGGAGACUACGACACAGACGACGAUAGGAAUGUCAUGUUAGAAGCUAUAAAGCAAAAAAUGAGACUUUCGUACAACACCAAACCUAAAUUUGAUUACAAAGUGCACCCUCAAACAGCGCCUGCCUGGGUAACCUACAAUCCAAGCGAUGAUUCUAUCUAUGCAGUUUCUACAUCGAAAAAACAAGUCGUGGCACAAACUGAACUUCGCAAAUGGUGCCGGGACUUAGAGAAUACCCUCAUCAAUUUACAACAAUGGAACAACUGGAUUGAUACAACAUGCAAGAAAAUUUUGUCUUUGAAACAAGAAACUGAAAUGAACAAUAUAUUUGAAACUGACAAAAACAGAGGGAUAAAAGAGUGGAUAAAAUUAAAGCGAAACAUUGACAAAGACGCAAUUCUGUGGAGAAAAUUAAAUAAGCGUACUUCAGAGGUUUUGGGCAGCUACACCAUCACAUUUAAUCCUAAGACGGAAGACGGUGACAAGGCUCAUAACGGGCCCUGUAUACAAGAAUCUAUAUUUGAUACUAUCAAUAUGAUAGACGAGCUAAGUUUGUGGCUACAUAGAUUGAUCGUGUCUACUGAGUACUGUGUGAAGUGUAAUUGUAAAAAGUUUUCAAAACGCGCUAGAAAACUUUGUCCGAACAAUACAGCAAGAUGUUAGGUCAUGCUGGGUA